AUGACCAAGUACCGCAAACUUCUUCUCAAUGGUGGAGAACUUAUGCACCAUACCGUACUUGACACGGAAAAGACUCUGGGCCUCAUACUCGACCACUUUGUCCAGGCCGAACACCAGACGCGUCGUAUUUCCAGUUCAUCUCGGCUCUGGUCAUGGCAUAGAACCAGGGAAGUCGACCGGAUGCUUCAGGGGCUUCUUGAACGACUGAAGACCAGGCUUGACGAUUUGGUCAAGUCGGUUGACGCUAUGGAGGAUCUCUACUUCGCGAUCUCGAAUCAAAACUGGGAAUAUAUUAGACAGCUCGCCGUGGCGCAAGCUCAUGUCGUUCAACAGAUCCGUGACCGGGGCAUGCUUGAUGUCUUCAGAUACUGGCAACGGGACGGGCCACUAGACAAGAUGGUACAGUUGCUUGAUCCCCUCCAUUUCCCUCUCGAGGAGAUUCGCAUACGGCUCGCAGAAUCAAGAUUCACCCUUCGCGACUCCCGGACGCGGGUCAGACUAGCCAGAGAAGAAAUCGAUCGCAUGGCAAACAGCGGGAAACCCGGACCUUGGCCCAAGAUGACUUCGGUCAUGAGAAGACUGCAGCAGAUUAUCGAGCAGCUGGAAAGCACGAAGGCAAACAUGGAGUCUCAAUGGGACAGAGCGACCAGCUGA